AUCAGUUUGAGAGAAACUAUUGUCGAGUUGACAACAUUUCUUGCGCUACGCUAAAGGAAAGAAAAAUUAAUUCGACAAAACAUUUUAUAAACGUUUUUUAAACGAAAUUUAAUAAAAUAUUACAUUUUUUGCAAUUGCAUUUUGAGCAAACAUUGUUAUAUUUUCGUAAUAUAAAUAAAAAAACCUUGGAAAACAAAUUAAAUUUUGUUAACAUUAACAUUGUGUCAAAGCAUAGAAGAAAGAGUAACAGUGUGAGAGUGAAACAAAGCAUUGUGAGAGAGCAGAAGAAUAUAAAUAACAGAAAACAGGGCUUUUCAAAAAAGAAAGAAAAAACUAUUAAAAAUAAAUUAAUUAAAGAAAAUAAACAAUUUUGGCAAUAAAAAAACACAAAUAACAAUUGUGCAUAAUUAAAAGAAAAACAUUUACAUUUGUUUUCCUUUAAUUAACGUGUUUCGCCAAGAGAGUCGUUCGUGCCACUUGUGAGUGCAACAUUGCUUACGCAUAAAUGUCAAAUUUGUUGUUGCUGUUUUAAAUUGGAGCAUUGACAACUGUACGUGCAAGGUGGAGUAAAAGCUUUGUUGGUUGGGGAAAUUGUCAGUGAUUUUGGCGCCAAAAUUUGACAGAUCCACCAUAGAAAAAAGCAAAGACGCAAAAAAACAUCGUAAAAAAAACAAAAUUAUUGGAAGAAACAAUAAAGCAGCCAUACAAGUGCAACAAAUAAAAUAAUAAUUAAAAACAAUUUGCAAACGCCUGAUUAAUAAGGAAAACAACAAAAACAAAACGCAAAAAUGUCUGCAGCCCGUGUAUUGAAUCCCAUGAUUUGUAAAAUCUCCAGCAGCCCAGUGGCUAUGCGCAGCAACAUGACAUGUGGACGCCAGUUGAAUCGCAUUAAAAGGGAUCUCUUUGGUCCUGCCAAUCCCGUUGAAACCACAAAAAUCUUCAAUGAGGAAUUGGAAAAAUGCCAAGAAAGAGCCUCCCGCAAAUGGGGUUUUGACUUCCGUACCGGAUCACCAUUGUCGGCCAAUUCACAGUACAUUUGGGAACGUGUUUCCACCCAGGAAAAUCAAAUCGCCCCCGAAAUGUACACCCUGACACGGGCCGCUCAUGUCCGCCCCACCCCUGCACCCAAAACCAAUUUGGAAAUGUUAAUGGAUGAGCGGGCCGAACGUGAAAAUCAAUUCAAUUUGUCACAGACCUCAGCUGCCACCGAUACAGAUUCCUGCGAUGAUAGCCAAGAUGAGUCCAUGGUUGAGUUCAAAGUUCCUGCUGGUCCCAAUAACGCCGAAACCAGUGUCUUUGUGCCACGCAAAACACACUUGCGCAAGAGACAGCCCAAGAUUACAGAAUACAUGAAAGAACGUAAACGUUUGGCUCAAACCCCCAAGAAAGUAUCCCCUGCCAAGCGUAUGCGCACCUCCUCCGGCUCCUCAUCGGUCAGCCAUGCCGUAAAUGCCAACAGCAUAGCAGCGCAUUUUUCACUAAGAACACGUCAGCAGCAUUAAGGAAACACAAAAAAAAAAAAAAACUAAAGAACAAUUAAAACCAUCCAGCAGCUAGCGUGUAUACUUAGUUUGUAAGGAAAUUGAUUGCAAUCAUCUGAAAAUAUUACCAAUCAUAACAAACACACUGAGGAAAUUUUACCCCCCUAACAACAACAAUGGAUUAAUCCAACAACAAAAUUUCCUAUACCCCCCAACAGAAAAAAGUUUUAUUUUUUUCUUUACCCAGGAAAUUCACACCCAAAACUACACUAUUACCAACCACACACACACACGAAAAACUAAAUGCCAUAAACUAAGUUCUUUUUUUAGUUAUUAAUUAAUUAUAAGCUACUUUAGAUGAUAAGUUCCCAAUACCCUUUGGGGGUAUUAUCCUUAACUAUUUUAAGGCAUAUGAACAAUUUAGCAUUUAAGUUUCUCCACCCCAAAUCCCCCAAACUCCCAAAAACUUGAAGUCGAAUGAAUUUUCCUUAACCUAAGACUUUGGCAAUUGAUUUUGUUUAAUACCGAAACAAA